AUAUUUUUGUUUUAACCUACCUGGAAGCCCGGAGUGGGAUACCAAAGAUUAUGGAUAUACUGACAUGUCUUUCCACCCUAAUAAUGGAAGUCGUUCACAAAGCAGCACGGUGGGCUGUCUAGCUCCUGCCUAUCCUUUUGAAUUGGUGGAUACAGCUCAUUAUUGUAAUCUAUUUUUGAAUAUUCGAUUUGGUUUGUUGACAUCAACGGCCAGUAUUCAAUGGAGAGAGAUGCUAUGCUACUAGCCUCAUGACAUGAAUAUGAUUGAUUAAAAACAUGUCAGUAUUAUGAAACUUCUUGCUUGGUGGGCGAAACAACGAAAAAACAACUCCUGCUAGAGAGAGAUUUUCCUCCGAUUUGGGCGUCUCUUCCUCUUCGGAUACGAAGAAUGAAGCUGGAUUGACUCAUGUUUUUCUUAAACUAGUCAGGGGCGUAAUCAUUACGCUGUUUCUGUUUUGCAAACGGAAAACUCAAGACUUCCUAUUCAACCAAUUCCGCCAAUACCUGGUGAGCCUUCACACGUUAUUCUGCAGAGAGCCCAACUCCAGCUACUCCUAUGGUAAAAGCAUGGUGUUGAGAUGAAGAUUACCGGGAAGAUCCUCACUCAUUUUCAGUCGUGCAGCUCACCCGUCGACAAAGAAGGAUACCUGUAUAAAAAGGGUGAGAGAAACACUUCCUAUCAGAAGCGCUGGUUCAUGCUGAAGGCAAACCUGCUCUUCUACAAGGACCGGCCCAACCACCGCGACCUGCUUGGCGUCAUUGUUUUGGAGGGCUGCUCAGUGCAGCUGUGCGAGUCUGAGGAGCAGUUUGCCUUUUCGCUGGUGUGGAGCGGUGAACCGGGCCUGCGCACCUACAAGCUAGCCGCAGAGGACCAGCCCAGCCAGGAGAGCUGGAUCAGGGCCCUGCUGUCGGCCAACCACGGCUACCUGGCCGCGCUGGUCAUGGAUCUGGAGAAACAGUACAAAGAGGCCAUGAAAGCAUUUCCUGGUGACCCAUCCCAACAGUCUACACUGGCUGGCCCAAACACAGAGAGGCCAACUCAGUCGCUGAUUUGGCUGAACUCUGGGACCGCGACCCUUUCACAGUACCUAGGGCCAAGUGUGGGAGCCGGGCAUAGCUUUAGCACAAAUGAAAUGCUACAAGUUCCUCCCAUUUCCUCUAAACCAACCAAUAAGCGGUCUCCAAAACUCUGGCCCAAGAGAAAUGCAAAUGUUGUACCUAUUAAUGUCCCAUCCCCACCCCAAGGGGAGUGGUCAGUGACUGGGUCAGGACCCAAGGUGGAAUUUAGCGAACUACACGAGGACUUUGGCAAGGAGGUGAAGGAGCUGAUUGCUGAUUGGUUGAGACGGGGACAGAAAGAUGUAAUUCAGGAAGAAGACUUAAUUGAUUUUGGUUGAUUCAGCAUGGUAUGUCACUAUAAGCAUGUAAACAGUCCAUACCAAAGGAGUCUGUACCAAUUGCAAUAAUGGAUGCCAACAUGAAUUAAUAUUUGUGAAUGUAAGAAAAUAUAUAAUGAUUAUUUUAAAAUAAAUGUUUUUUAGACAGUUUUCCUCUUCCCCAAUCAUUUGAAUUAAUAUCUAUGAUUUAAAAGGCAAUCUCCCCAUUAGAGCCAAUAAGCUACAAUAUUAUUACAUGUAAUGCUGUAAUAAUACAGCUAUUGCAUUCAAUAGAUAAUACAUGCAAUUGAUUUGUGAGUUUAUGAGUUGUCUUCUUCACAUUGGUUGAAAUUCACUUAAGCCAGCAUGAUUCCAAAAAUAGUCUAGUUUAGUCAACACAGCAACUCAACCCACACAAAUUAUGCAGAGGAUAUGAAACGCUGUUAGAUGCAACCUAAAAAUGAAUACUGUAUGGGAAAUUCAUUAAUCUGGUGCCACUGAUAACUGAGCACUCCAACACCCCGCUUGGAUGUCCACAAAUGUUCCUCUUUGGUGACAUGAAAUCACUUUUUGCUGGCACUGAGCCCCACGGGACUUGUCUGAUGUCAGUACUGCUAAUGUGCCAAGCGAACUAAACGGUUUGGGGUACUAAUUAAUAUGACCCCACCAUCGAAAGCGCUCACGAACACAUAGGCUACAUGUUGGUUGUUUUGCUCCACAACAGCCACAAGCUUCACAAGACUCGUCUGAAGGUAACCUGGUACCGGUUUAAAAAUAUAUUUAAGUAUUUUAUUGCUCCCCCCAAAAAGGGGUUAAAUAUGGGUAAAAACAACAGAAUAUCCAGGGCCUGUAUCCACAAAGCAUCUCAGAAAAGGUCCUAGGAAUCUUGUUGAACUGUACCCCUGCACAUUGACUCUGUACCGGUACCCCCUGUAUAUUGCCUCGUUAUUUUGUUACUUUUAUUUUUUACUUUACUUACAAGCCCAUAACACUCUUCCUUGAACUGCAUUGUUGGUUAAGAAUUUUUUUACUAAAUUAACUAAGUAUUUCACGAUAAGGUCUACCUACACCUGUUGUAUUUCCGAGUGGCGCAGCAAUCUAAUGCAUCACUAAAGACCAUGGCUCAUUCCCAGGCUGUGUCACAACCGGCUGUGAUCGGGAGUCCCAUAGGGUGGCGCACAAUUGGCCCAUCUUCGCCCGGGUUAAGGGAGGGUUUGGCCGGGGUGGUAGGCCAUCAUUGUCAUUAAGAAUUUGUUCUUAACUAACUUGCCUAGUUAAAUAAACAUUGAGUUAAAUUUGAUUUAUUUUAGCUGGUAGUCACGACAGUUUGAGGUACCGCAAAGGAAAGAUUGUUAUGACGCUCAUUGACAUAGUUGCAAAUAAUGGGGAAUAACUAAUCACGGUGAAUGUGACUACAACAUCUGUUGCAAUGGUAAAACAUUUGAUAUAAUUUUUGCCUGAUACGAUCAUUUUGCCUACUCAUAAUUAUUGGCUAAUAUGUUGGCUUACAUAACCUUUUUUAAAAGAGGAAUUUUGACUUAAUGUUAUAUCAACACACUCAUCACUCACAUUUAACAAUUCUAAAUUGCUUUGACACAGUAGGCAUCAAGUCACUUUCCAGUAAUGUUGCAUACAGCGUUGCAUCUAGUGUUUGAAUGGUCUAUCAUUUCCAUCAAACACAAUCUAAGUUAACAUAAGCCCAAUUUAGGUAUCUUUUUUUAACAAUGUGAUGUUUCGCUCCAAAGGGAUAACUCGAAAUAACAUGAUGUAGGUUAUCAAAUAAUUGAAAGAAAAUGUUUAUUUAUUAGCCUAGUGGUUAUAUGUAUUUAGGCAUAUGUGAAAUAGACCUCCUGUGAAAGCAUUGUCAAAACCUCAAGAGAAAAGUUGCAUGUAAGUCUCUUGAUUUAUGGAUUGAUCAUAUAGAAAUAUCAAAACAUAAUUUGAACAACUCCAAAACAAUUGCAUGUGGUGUAGGAACCACUGACUUGCUGCUUUUUUCUAAUUAUCAAGACACCUAAUUGUCACGCUUAACUGGUUAGGACAGCUCAUGUGGUCUCUGUCGACUAGGUGGGACUCUGAGUUAAGAGGCUUUGUGUAUAUAUUUUAUUUUUUACCCAUAACAGUAAGAGUGAAAUGUCUGUGUUCUCUCGACCAAUUUUCUACUCUGAGAGGCUUUGUCGAUGCAGGCCCUGAGCUUUCUUGUAUAUCUCAGAUAAACUACAUGAUCAAAAGGAUGUGGAGACCUGUUCGACGAACAUCUCAUUCCAAAAUCAUGGGUUGGUCCCCCUUUUGCUGCUAUAGCAGCCUCCACUCUACUGGGAUGGCUUUCCACUAGAUGUCGGAACAUUUCUGCAAUGACUUGCUUCCAUUCAGCCACAAGAGCAGGUGAGACCUGUCAUUCAUGCCAGUUUUGAGACCCACAUUUUUAGCAUAAAAUAUAUAUAUAUAUACAUGCCUGUUUUGCAUGUUAUUUUGGUAUUUGUACGGUCACAUUUAAGUUUGCAAAUAAUGUUAAAAAAAAAAAAGAUGUAAAAAUCAUUGAAUUAAUAAAGCCGCAUACAAACA